UUCAAGAACAAACCAGUGACCUAUAGAAAACCAAUAAAAUUACUCCAAGUCUAUGAGUCUAUCCAAGAUGGAGGCUACUUUCAGCUUUCUUGCAGUCUGUGUUUUCUUGGCAUCCUUAGCCAUUUUAUUAUGGGGAGUGAUGGAUUGGGUGUGGUUCAAGCCCAAGAAGCUGGAAAGGUGCCUUAAACAGCAAGGCUUUAAGGGUAACCCUUACAGGCUCCUCUCUGGAGACAUGAAAGAUGCUCUCAACAUGCUAACUCUUUCCAAUUCUAACCCCAUGAAUCCCUCUGAUGAUUAUAUAGCCCCUAGGCUCAUUCCCUAUUUCCUUCAUCUCAUCAACAAAUAUGGUAAAAAAUGCAUUGUGUGGAUGGGUCCACGGCCUAUGGUGUUUGUCAUGGAUCCGGAUUUAGUGAAAGAGGUUUUCAAUAAGCAUCAUCUGUAUCAGAAGCCUCGGAGCAACCCUUUGGGAAGGAAGCUGGUGCAAGGGCUAGUCAGCCUUGAGAAAGAUACAUGGGCAAAACACAGAAGAUUAAUCAAUCCUGCCUUCUACUCUGAGAAGCUCAAGCUUAUGCAGCCGGCUUUCUUGCUGAGCUGCGGUGAAAUGGUGACAAAAUGGGAGGGGACUGUCUCCGGAAAAGGUUCUUGCGAGCUGGAUGUGUGGCCUGACCUUCAAGGCUUGACGUGCGAUGUGAUCUCUCGCACCGCAUUUGGGAGCAGCUAUGAAGAAGGAAAGAAAAUUUUUGAACUACAAAGAGAACAGACCAAGUACUUCAUGGAAGUUGUGCGCCAAGUGUAUGUCCCUGGGUGGAGAUUUUUGCCAACAAAGAGGAACCGAAGAAUGAAUGCCAUUGAGAAGGAAGAGAAAUCAUCCAUCCGGAAGAUUAUAGACAAGAGAUUGAAGGCGUUAAAGGAAGGAGAGACUAACAAUGAAGAUUUAUUAGGCAUAAUGCUGGAAUCCAACAUGGAAGAAAUCAGAAAGCAAGGGAAAAAGGAAUGCGGGUUGAGCAUUGAAGAGAUCAUUCAGGAGUGCAAGUUGUUCUAUUUUGCAGGGCAGGAGACUACAUCAGUGUUGCUAGUUUGGACUAUGAUUCUUCUUAGCAGAUUUCAAGAUUGGCAAACUCGAGCUAGAGCUGAGGUGUUGAGUGUCUUUGGCCAUGAUGAGCAGAUGGAUUUUGAAAAAUUAAAUAACCUUAAAGUUGUGACAAUGAUUUUGUACGAGUCCUUAAGGCUAUAUCCACCAGUAACUGGCUUAAUGAGGACCGUUGUAGAGGAGGCAAAACUUGGAGACAUAGUUUUGCCUCAAGGGGCAGUAGUAUCAUUACCGAUACUUCUGCUACAUUUUGAUAGUGAGAUAUGGGGAGAGGAUGUUAAAGAGUUCAAACCAGACAGGUUCAGUGAAGGGAUAAUGGGAGCAACAAAGGGCAAAAACGCCUUCUACCCGUUUGGUGGGGGGCCUCGAAUAUGCAUUGGUCAAAACUUCGCUUUGAUGGAAGCUAAAAUGGCUAUGGCAAUGAUUCUACAACGCUUCUCCUUCGCGCUUUCUCCUUCAUAUACUCAUGCUCCUAUUUCAAUGGUGACCACUCAUCCUCAACAUGGUGCUCCCCUCAUUAUGCACAAGCUCUAACGUUUUACCUAUUAUGACCUGUCAGAUAAAAUUUCUAUGGAAUUCUCUGCGAUGUGAAGAAGUUAUAAAGGCAGUUUUGCUCCACUUUCUAUAAAAUCUCUGCGAUGUUGGAAAACUUGCCAUGUAAACAAUAAUACACUCCCUUAGCCUGUUUUCUUUGUAUAUGACGUGUUUACCUUUUUUAGAAGUAUUUUAUGAUUUGCUCCA